AUGGAGGGCUUGGAGGACACGCCCGAGAGCGAGGAGUGCCUGGGGAACCUGGAGAGCCUGGAGUCGGCUAUUGAACAGUUCCAGAUCAGCCCCAGACUUACCAUAUCAGAUGAUUUGAAAGUUGGCUUUUUCAGCACAGACCACGCUACUCAGACAGAUUCCAGUGAAAUCUUGCCAUUAAAAGAAUUAAGCUUAUCUACACAAAAGCUAGUACAGACUAUUAAAUCUCUUCAGGUAGAUUUUGGGUUCGUGAAAGAAUUGCUUCAGUUGAAGUUUGAAGACCGUCUUAAAGAGGAGUCUUACAGUCUCUUUACUGCUCUACAUGACAGGAUCCUAGCAGUAGAAAGACAUUAUCAACAGAAUGAGGUUAACAUAAGGAAAUGCUGCAAUCAGCAGUUGGCGGAUGCUAUAGCUGUUAUCCGAGGAAUGUACAAGCAAUUCUUUGAAAUGGAGGAAGAGCCAACUUCUGUGUAUGACACAACUAUCAAAAUAAAUAUUUUGUUAAAAAGACUGAAGGACAGGGAAGAAACUAUUAAAGAAUUAAGAGAAGAAAUAGAACAAUAUGAAGAAUAUGGAUUUCAAAAAUUUGACUCUCUGGCCACCAUAGAGAACGGCCUUGCAAAAACAACUCCAGAAAAGGAAACUUUGGAGUACAAGUUGGAAAAUGAGAGACUACUUCAAGUCGUUUCAGAACUCGAAGAAGAAAUCCAACUCAAUCUAAAAGAAAAUACAGCAUUAGAAGAUGAAAUUACAAACCUGAAAGAGGUGGUAGAAAAGAAUCAUAAAACCAUGCAAAAGUUAAUUGAAGGUAGAAAUAAAUUAAAGGUAGAGCUCGAAGCUGCAAAAUCAUUAGUUCAAGAAAUGGUUAAUAAACAUAAAGAGGAAAUGGAAACGAGAAGAAAGGUUGACAACCUAAAUUUUGGCAAGGUUAGAUCUGUAACACCUGUUGAGAGACAUGAAGAAGAGACGAUGAAAACGUCAAAGGAUGAGGCUGAAGAGAAACAUAUUUUGGAGAAGCAAAUAGAAAGAUUAAAGGGUAAUUUAGACCGUGAGAUAAAGAAGACAGAAAGGUUUAGGAAGGAAUCAGACAGGAUAAACAAAAGCUGGGAAAGAAAAUUCUUGGUUCUCAGGAACAGCUUUCAUGUCCUUAAGAAUGAGAUGUUUACUAGGCACACCUUAUACCGUCAGUGUGCAAUACCUGCUGAUUCAUCCUUCAAUUACAUAAAAUUAAAACCUUUAUUUGUGCAGUCUAAAUUGAACUUGGCAUCACCUACACCUUCUGGAAGUGAUACUUUUACACCUUUGACAGAAAACAAUUACAUGGACACAGUCAGUGAUCAGAAACCUUUUCUGACUUCCUCAAAAGUAUGCCACCAAGCUGAAUAUGAAUCUGCAUUGCAGAGAAGACAUGGGGACAAGUUCAUGCCACAGGCCUCUGAACAUAGCCCUGACAUUCCUUUCCAUUACAGCUCACAUGCAACUUUGAUAGGUCUUGUUCUCCCCUCUGAAGGUGGAGGAAAUAACCCAGUUAACAAGUUUCUGCAUCUUCAGUGUCGCAUCAAAGAUUGA